AUUGACGCCGCGCCGCGAGCUUCCGUCUGUGUAGUGCAGUGUUGUGUGCCUAGAGCUGGUUCAAACCGGACCUAGACUGAGUUCGUGCAAACCCGGAGCAUGGGCGAUGGCAUGGCAUGAGAUGGGGCGGGUCGCGUUGGCGGCGUGUCUCGCGGCGCUGUUCGCGGUAGCCUCGUCGCGCGCGCCCACCUUGGACCCGGUAGUCUUCGAAGCUGCUUUUCAAGGUCGGUGCGGCGAGGGCAGCCCGUGCGAGCAGCUGUGCCGCGAGCUACACGACGGCACAUACGAGUGCGGUUGCGCGCCCGGUUACAUACUGCACGUCGACGGUUACGGCUGUCUAGAGCUAAAUGCAACAAAACCAACGGAGACCUCGUUGGACAACCAAGAGGAUGUCCUAUAUCAGAAAGACGUAUCUUUCUCCGCUGAACUAGAAGUAGCACCGUCCAAUAGAAUUAGUAAACCUAAUGUUAGCGAGAGACAUAUCGACGAAAGACUUACGACGUUACCAACGACGACACAGGAGAGCAAAGUCAACUAUACGUACACUGGGGAGAGGACGAAGGAAGUCGAGGGUCUUGUCAGCCUCAUGGAGGAUGGAGUCAGCAAGGUGGACCUGAACAUCAUCACGGACGAGAAAGUCAAAUACGCUAUCAAUGAGGCGAGCAAGUUUAAGGUUACGACGCUUGGACCCAGCUUGGAGCAGAAAGUCCCAGGUCCCACUACGUCUGCAGCACAUACGACCGCUGUAGAGAGUUGCAGCUGCGACCCCUGCAACUCCAACUGUUCCUGUCCAACGCCUGCCACCUGCAAAACUGAAACCCACAUCUCUACGCCGCGAUUCUCGGGCGCGUCAUGGAUUGCACUACGAGCGCUGCGCGGCGCUUACAAGCGCGUCCGCUUACGGAUCCGAGUGCGGCCGGAGCGAGCGCGUGGCGUGCUGCUGCUUACUGGCGAGCACGACGAUCUGUCCGGGGACUACCUGGCGCUGCUGCUGCGGAAUGGACACGUGGAGCUACGGUUUGACUGCGGGAGCGGGCCGGGCGUGCUGCGUUCACCCGAGCCAGUGCGACUUGGCCGCUGGAACACCGUGUCGGUCUACCGGCAUCGCUGGGACGCUUGGCUGCGACUCAACAAUGGAAAGAGAGUACGAGGACGCUCAAAGGGCCUCUUCUCCCGCAUGACGUUCCGCGAGCCAGUCUGGGUGGGUGGUGCCGGGAACACCACGGGUCUGCAGACGACCCUGGGCCUGACAGAGGGUCUGCUCGGCUGCGUGGACUUCCUGCGGAUCAACGGGGAUACUUACCGCCUGGUCAAGGACUCUGUUUCUAUGUUGGAUAUUGCGGAGUGCGCACCAACUCUAGCUCCAUGGAAACCACCGAGCGAAGUGACCAGCGAGACCAUACCCCACAGACCAGCAGACGACAACCACGGCAUAUACGACAUCAACGACAUAGUCCACUUCGAGGACAACGACAUAGUCAUGAGAGAUUCUAAAGACCACAACAAACUGGACAACUCUGUCCAACCCAAAAAGUAUGACGACGAAGAAAAAUUUAAUAUCAUCAAGAAGAUUUUAAUACCUGAUGAUAGUAAGGCUGUGGGGGUAGUUAACGAUGUUGAUAAUGAGUUGAGAGGGGAAGAUGGGAAGAAAGAGAGGGACGAUGGGUGCGAGUGCCAACAUGGGGGAGGCUGCGUUGCUCACGUGUGUUUGUGUCCGCUGGGCUACGCGGGAGACAAGUGUGAAGUAACACUGGAUUUGAAGAUGCCUCGUUUCAACGGUUCAUCGUAUCUACGGCUACCGGGGCUCGGCAACUCAGCACAGUCGUGGCUCGACAUACAGAUAACAGUGAAGCCGAGCAGCGGCGACGGGCUGGUACUGUACGACGCGGAGCACGUCAGCGGCGACGGGGACUUCUUCUCCAUACACCUCCGAGACUACUUCGUCGAGUUCGCCUUUGAUCUCGGCUCCGGGAUAGCGCUAGUUAGAUCAGCAUACCCCCUGCAGAAGGACGAGUGGCACAUAGUCUCGGUAUCACGAGCGGGGCGGCGCGCUACUUUACGCGUACGCUCGCUCGGCGCGCACGCUAACACGAGCGCACGGGUGACGUCAGCUGCUAUGACGUCAACGGCGCGCUCUGUGACGUCACGAGGCUCAGCGCGAUAUCUGACGCUGCGACAGCCGAUGCUACUGGGUGGUGCUCCGCAGCCGCUGCCACAGAGAUUGGCGCUUACGACGUCGUUCAGCGGAUGCGUAGGGAAGUUGGUGAUAAACGACGAAGAGCUGUCUGUGGUGUCGGCGGCGCUGGGCGGCGUCAACGUCGACAACUGCGAGGAGAAAAAUAAUGAAACCUGCACGAAUGAAAUUUGCAAAGAGACAUUACAAAACAUACCCAUCUACCCCAACAACUUGACCGAGCAAGACGCGCAUCACGCUAUCGUUCCAAAAAAGGGAUUCAAACUGAAAUACCACAAGAAUAAGUCGAAAAAACAUCCGCGCAUCGUCAUAGAGAAGUACAAGAAGAAGAAGUAUAUCGCAACGAAAAAGUACCUUUACAUGCAGAACGCUGUGGAAAAUAAGAGUGAUAUAACUGAGACACCGUAUGACGGACAGACGUACAUGCAAGUUAAGUAUUUGGACGCGAACGACGUGAACUGGGGGGACACCAGCACGUAUCCUAGUUUCAGCGGUACAGACAGCUUCAUACAUAUAGACGACGAGGACACUAUGGCACGUCUCCGCAGCGGCAGCGUGGACGUGAACGUGCGGUUCCGCGCGCGCGCGCCGGACGGCCUGCUGCUGUGGAGCGGCCGCGCGCACGCCGACUUCCUCUCGCUAGCCAUUGAGCGAUCCGUGCUCGUGUUCAGGUACGACCUGGGCAGUGGUGAAGUGGUGAUCAUCGCAAACCACACAAAAGUUGACGAUGGUCUGUGGCACAGAGCACGGGCUACGAGAAACAGACAAGCUGGAGUCCUAGAGGUGGAUGGACUGGGGUCGGUGGGCAAAAUAUCGCCCGGGAAACUCAAACAGCUCAACACAGACAACGGCCUCUAUAUAGGAGGUCUCCCUUCAAUAGAGAUAAACUCGAACGGCAAGUACACGAGCGGGCUCAUCGGGUGCGUCUCCCAGAUAUCACUGAGCGGAGACUUCGAUAUCCCGCUGUCGCUCGCCAAGCUGCCCCACACCAUCACUAACAACGUCGGCCGGUGCGAUUAGCGACGCCACUGAUCCGGCUCUAACAUUCCAUGGGAUAGCGCCGCCUCUGAUGAGUUUGGAACUGGCGCUGACUUCAGUAUGCACAUUAGCGCCGCCUCUGUUACUAGGGUUACUAGGUACACUGAGGGUUGCGCUUCACAUUCGAUAAUUUUGACGGUGUAAGAUUUGACAUAAUUGCAGUAAAUCGUAUGAGUUUCGGGGAUAAGAACCCCCGAAAUUUAUCACCUCAGAGCCUGUAGCCAAGCAAGCAAAAACUAAUACGAUUUUGAUUCAAAUUCAAGAGUCUGAUUAGUUUCAAAUUGAGCCGCAGAAAGAUCGUGCGCUAGUAUAGCAGUCAGGAGUAGGAAAAGUCAUUAAGAUCGAAUUAGUUCCAAAUUGAGCCGCAACACGAUUUUGCGCU